UCUGGUGGGCAGAUCCCAUGAACUAAAGCGAAGGGGUUGUUUGAAGAUGUCUGACAAUGCAGAGUCCCCAACAGAAACUCAGAAAGAGGAGUCACAGGCACCGCCAGACGACUCAACGUCAAACGAGGAAAAGAAAAAAAUUGAUGUGUUUUUGAAGGCAGUGGGAGACACUCCUAUAAUGAAAACAAAGAAAUGGGCAGUGGACAGAGGGAGAACGGUACAGUCCCUUUCUCAGUUCAUCACCCGCUUCCUCAAGUUUGACGCCAAUGAACAGCUGUUCAUCUACGUUAACCAGUCUUUUGCUCCUUCACCGGAUCAAGAAGUAGGGGUCCUUUUUGAUUGUUUUGGCAGUGAUGGCAAGCUGAUUCUACAUUACUGUAAAUCUCAAGCCUGGGGUUAACAUCAUUCUAUGACUCCAUUUAGGACCUCUCCUUUCUUAAGUUUAUCUUUAAAAAAUGUACACAGUGAUGUUUUGCUUAUUUGCUAUUUUCUUUUACUUAUGUACAUAAAAAUUGUAAAUAAAUUAUUGUGCCUGUA